AAGUCACGGGGCGCAGACGUUCCCCAGCCCCCAGUCCGGGAGCCUUAGGGCUGGGUCGCCCGCGCAGAAAGCACCGACACUGACCUCGCGUCUCCUGGGUGUCCACGUCGCACCUCCAGCUCGGCCAGAUGUUCACCCUCCCUCAGAAGGAAUCCGGGGCACCUACUACCUGUCUGGACCCAGCUUCCACACAGGGCCUGGGCAGUAACUAUGGGGAUGGUCUGGGAAGAGACUGCGCCAGAAAACCAGACCAGAAGCUGCCGAAGCUCUAUGGAGUGGGAGAUCCCAUCGCCACAUUCUCCUCUGACAGCUCCCACCUAUCCUCGAGAGGAAGAAUCAUUAAAUGGUUUUGGGACUCGGCUGAGGAGGGCUACAGGACCUACCACAUGGAUGAGUAUGAUGAGGAUAAGAACCCCAAUGGCAUCAUUAACUUGGGCACCAGUGAGAACAAGCUCUGCUUUGACCUGCUGUGCAGGCGGCUGAGUCAGAAUGACAUGCUGCAGGUAGAGCCAUCGCUGCUGCAGUACCCUGACUGGAGGGGACAUCUGUUCCUCCGGGAGGAAGUGGCCAGGUUCCUGUCUUUCUACUGCAAGAGCCCCGCACCCCUUAACCCGGAGAAUGUGGUGGUUCUCAACGGCUGUGCCUCCCUCUUCUCUGCUCUGGCCACGGUGCUGUGUGAGGUGGGGGAGGCUUUCCUGAUCCCUGCCCCUUACUAUGGAGCCAUCACGCAGCACGUGUAUCUCUAUGGCAACAUCCGACUGGUCUGUGUCUAUCUGGACAGUGAGGUCACUGACCUGGACUCCCACCCCUUCCAGCUCACAGUGGAGAAGCUGGAGAUGGCCCUACAAGGAGCUAAUUCUGAGGGAGUGAAGGUCAAAGGCCUCAUCCUCAUCAACCCCCAAAAUCCUCUGGGUGACAUCUACUCCCCAGAAGAGCUUCAGGAGUAUCUGGAAUUUGCCAAGAGGCAUGAGCUGCACGUGAUGGUGGACGAGGUCUACAUGCUGUCUGUGUUUGAGGAGUUCGUUGGUUACCGCAGUGUCCUAAGCCUGGAAAGGUUGCCUGACCCCCAGAGGACCCAUGUGAUGUGGGCCGCCAGCAAGGACUUCGGGAUGUCCGGGCUCCGCUUCGGCACAUUGUACACAGAAAACCGGGAUGUGGCCACCGCAGUGGCCUCCCUCUGCCGCUAUCAUGGUCUCAGUGGCUUGGUCCAGUACCAGAUGGCACAGCUGCUCCGCGACCACGACUGGAUCAGCCAGGUGUACCUGCCGGAGAACCAUGCCCGGCUCAAGGCUGCACACACCUAUGUCUCUGGAGAGCUCAGGGACCUGGGAAUCCCCUUCCUGAGCCGUGGGGCAGGGUUUUUCAUCUGGGUUGACUUGAGGAAGUACCUGCCCGAGGCCACCUUUGAGGAGGAAAUGCUACUUUGGCGCCGCUUUUUGGACAACAAGGUGCUGCUGUCCUUUGGCAAAGCCUUCGAGUGUAAAGAGCCUGGUUGGUUUCGCCUGGUCUUCUCAGACAAGGCCCACCGGCUUCACCUGGGAAUGCAGAGGGUCCGGCGGGUGCUCGAAGGCAAAUCCCAGAUGGCAGAAGUCCCCCCUUCCUGUCAGACCCAGGAGUCAAGGGGCCAGCACAGUUGAGCUGGUGAUUGCCCCAUGGCCUUGUGGCCACAGGGCCUGGCAGCCACUGCUGACCUGGGUCUUCAGGGCUUCGGAGACCGUCUGUGGAUGAGCCAUUUGCUGGGAAGAUAACCCUGCCCCUGAAGAACUGUUCCUUGCCUCUCUUGGUGGCAGUGGGAGACUCCUUAAGUUGUAGUUCAGCUUGGCCCAACCUCCACCCCUCCCCACCCUCAUUAAAUAAAACUGGA